AUGGACUCUGGUUCUGCUGGAGAACUUGAGCUUCGAGCUCAUGUCCAUAGCUUGAUGACGGAGUACGCCUUACAGCAUCUUACCACCAAUUAUGUUACCUGGACGCAGGACAGUGUCGCAAACCUCCUCUCAGAAUCGCUGGCAUAUGCACCGACGCGCUCUCCGACAGAUGUCUUUCUUACAAAGGAUCCGUUCGAGUACCUAUGUCAGAAAUGGGGCUUGUCAAAACUAGACGUCUAUGAGGAACGUUGGGUGGUCGAGGAUGUCAAGACCUUAUCUUAUCUCAAGAGGGAGAUGGACGUGCUUAGAAGCGGUGGGGCGACAGAACGAGUAUGGAAAGAUUGUAGCGAUGGUAUGUGUUUGAUCCAUAGGUCCUCAUUAUGCGCUGAGCUUCGUCGCAGAAGACCACAGCACAUUCUUGCUGAGCAGGCCCAUGUCCCCCAUAUUGUCACGCCGCUCCAGAGAUGA